AUGGCGGAUUCACAGAUGGUCACAAAUCCAAAUGAUUAUUAUCAGCAAAGUGGUUAUGGCGCUGUUACCAGUAAUUUUAAUUGGCAGGCUCCAGCAGGAUACGCUGCAAAUCAGUAUGGUGGAGCGGGUUAUGGAGCAGGUUAUGGCUGUCCUGCUGGUUAUUCUGCCGGUUAUGCGGCUGGUUAUGGCACUUAUCCGGGAAUGGAAGCACAAAGUCCGCUUGAGGCCGAAAUUCAAGUUGUAAUACGACAAAUUCAUAAUGAACAACAGCUAAUGGAGCAGGGAGGGGAAUGGGGUGAACAGUUCAAGAAUGCGAAGCGGUUGCUAGCAGCUGAAUUAGAUAAGUUGGAAAAUAGCAUCGAUCCCGAGUGGCUUGAAGUUGAUAUCGCGAAACCGAUUAAAGUUUCUAAAAAGGUUUUGAUACCGAGCUUUAGGCAUCCACAUUUCAAUUUUGUUGGCAAAAUUUUGGGCCCAAAAGGUGCCACUCUACAGGCCAUGGCGAAGCAGUUUAAAUGUCAUAUAUACGUGCUUGGUCGUGGUUCAACAAAGGAUCGAGUUAAAGAAGAAGAACUGAUGAAUAGCGGAGAUCCACAGUACGCUCAUUAUGGAGGACCUUUGCAUGUCAAGGUUGAAACAAUUGCUCCGGCUCACAUAGCAUAUCAGCGAAUAGCUGGAGUUCUUGAAGUGCUUGCUACCACCUUACAACCGACUCGCGAUGAAACUUAUGAAAAAAUGAUGGCUGCACAAGGAGGUGGCACAGAAGGUGAAAAAGAUGCGGGAGAGGAAGACGACUCUGAUAAAGCUGGCGGUGGUGCAAUGCGCGGGAGAGGAGGAGCACGUGGAAGAGGUAAUGAUCGUGGAGCGUUUCGUGGUGCUGCUAAUCGUGGUAUUGGUCCUACAGCAAUUACUCGUGGAGGCAGCAGAGGGGCGCGUGGAAGUAGCACUGAACGUGGAGGGUGA